GGAAGAGGAGGAAGAGGAGGAAGAGGAGGAGGAGCACGAGGAAGAGGAAGAUCUCAAGGCAGGGCAGGAAGAACGGACGGGGCUGAUAGCAGAGCCGACGUGAGAUUCGGCUUCCAUAGCUUACAGUCGAUGUUAGUAAAAGAUCCAGAUGAGCUUGUGCUGGACAUGACAAGUGAACGUUGCAUGCCCGCGACAGAAGCUCUUCUUGAACAGCUUGAAAUGAGAGAUGAUCUAAUCGUGCUGGUUUUCAAGGUUUUAGCUCGUGCCUGCGAGUGUGGUACAACUCUUUCAGGUUUACAAAGACUGUUGAGCGCUCUUCCUCGAUCCAUUUAUUUCACCCUUCAUUUGUCAACUUAUAUCAAUCGACUUCCUUUUUCAAGUACAAGAGACAGUUACCAACUUGAAAUUGAGCUGAAAGCAAUUAUCAAACUUCUGGCAGAAAUGCUUAGGAGAAUGCCAAAUUCUUUCGCAGAGCUCCCAAUUCCACAGCUUUCUUUCGCUAUUAAUGCUCUUGUGGACUGCGGUCGAAUUGCUAACAAUGACAUACAAUCAUCAGUAGCAGAGUUAUUAACGUUGAAAGAUGAAAUGGCGGAGAAAGUAAAGAUGCAAGCUGAAGAUGCCAGGCGACCAAGACGACGAAACGCUGGUGCAGAAGCUGCUCUAUUCGAUGACGAGACUCCACCUGAUGAUUUCCGUGAAAUGAGCGUCGUUCCCGAGAUACGUGACGUCCACGUUCAAGRGUCUAUUUUUCUUCGACGAAAUAAGAUAGAUGGCAGCUACAACGACCCUGAACACUACCUAGACGUCCAGUUUCGACUGCUACGAGAAGAUUUUGUACGCCCCCUUCGAGAUGGUAUUCACAAGAUGUUAGAGAGAAUGGGCUGUGCAAAGAUGGGACCCUUGCAGGACAUUCGGAUGUACAAUGGAGUGAAGAUUCUUUUCCCGUUAUUCACGAGUAAAGGUCUGACUCACAAAAUCAGCUUUGACGUGUCCAAGAUGAAGCGAGUCCGAUGGGAAAACAGCAAGAGGUUGAUCUACGGCUCGCUGCUUUGCUUGUCUAAGGACAAAUUCGAUACCUUUAUUCUUGCAACUGUAGAAAACCGAAACAUCAAAGAACUUCAAGAAGGGAGAGUAGAAGUUCGAUUCACCGACCUGUCCCAAAAGAUUGACCUGGAUAAGGUAGAAUACCAAAUGGUAGAGACAACGGCGUAUUUUGAAGCCUAUCGUCAUGUUUUAGAAGGACUCAAAGAMAUUCAACCUGAACAGCUUCCUUUCCAGCGCUAUAUAGUGAGUUGUGAGAAAGAUGUUGGAUCUCCAGCGUACCUGACCAACAGAAUGAGAGAAGAGGUGACCUAUGACUUGACACCCAUCAUGAAGAAAGAAGCGACAAACAGAACGACAGAUGAAGGAGCUGCAAGGUAGUCAGGGUUUUGCUGCACAAUAAGCAUGUAUGGAACCGAGGAAGUGAGAGGCGUUUCCCCCAUGAUGAUGACGAGGAGGCACGUGGUGGUGUACUCUCAUCUCGUCCAAUCCUCGUGGUCUGCUACACCAAUCAUGCUUUAGACCAGUUUCUGGAGGGAAUCCACGAGUUUCAUCCCGAGGGAAUUGUGCGGGUUGGUGGACGAAGCCAGAGCGAGAAGAUGCAAGCGUGUAGCCUCGGUGAGCUCAAGCAUAAGAUGCAUAAAGAUAAACAAGCUCCAAGAGAGAUUCGUCGAGCGUUCUUCGAGGUUCAUCAACAGCUCGAGCACGUCUCACAGCAAAUGAAAAGCGCAACAGAAAACCUUCAAAAAUGUAUGGAAAACGUCGUCCAUGAACAGCAAAUACGCAACGAGGGUCACAUGACAGACGAACAGUACGAUUCCAUGGUCAGGCCUGUCAGAGAUCGUAUUACGGGAAUGAUUACCGUUAAGUCGGUCAUGUGUCAUUGGCUUGGACUCACAUUGAACACGUCGGACGCCUUUGAAACRAGUGCACUUGUCCAGCCGAUUGCUGUGUUCCCAUUCAAUAAUCAAACCAAGAAAGUAAACGUCUUGAACCAAGCCCACAAAGCCAUAUCAAAGAACGUCCAACAAGCCCAAGGAUUAGAUGGCAGACCAGGAGGCUCUUACGAGMUUCAAGGAGCACGUGACUCUUACAUCAUCAUUCCUAAUAUGGAAAACUGUCUUCUGGACACGCGGCAAUCGAUGACAAUUGUAAUGUAUGUGUUUCCAAUGAGUCCCAAUGGGGGACCGAUUGUGACCUUYCAUGAUCAAGGAUUUAUUGGUAUUCAAAUAAGUCAAGAUGGGGUUGAUCAGAAUGGUAAAGGKGUGCUGUCUGCUUCAUUUAACAGGCGUGAAGACGGUGCCACUCCAAAUCCUUUAUCAAAAGCAGUUUUGAAACUAAACGAAUGGAACUACAUUGCUGCAUCGUACGACAAUCUGUCAGGGUUUUCACGUCUGUGGCAUAACGGGAAAAUGGUCCAAGAACAACAGAAUGARACSAUGGAGAUUGCUUCUCAUCUGCCGRUUUAUAUUGGAUCCUUAAACCUGGCCAAUCACAACUCGUUCUUYGAGGGAAGAGUCAGUUCUCUUCAGUUUUACCCAGAAGCCAUUGGAAAAGAACAGAUUAUGAAUAUCGCUGGUAUUCGAGAGGAUGACCUUGAAGAAGAAGAAGUUGAAGAGGAAGCMGCAGAGGAAGAAGACAAAGACGUCCUGUACGAAGCAGGAGCCAUGGAAGGACUGCGGAUUCUAGAUGUUGAUCAAGUUGAACGCUUUGGCAACAAAGGGAGAGGUCACACCCUUAUCUUGGCGGAUCCUUUCGACUCGGAAACAAUGGCAACGUCACAUCCGGGACAAUGGCAGGUCCAGAAUCCUCGACUUCAGAAGAAACGAAUAAAACAAAGGAUCAAACGAGAGCUUAGCCUGAGUGACAUGAUGAGACCCGAAGAAGUUGCUAGAGUUAGAGAUGUCUACGCGCUAAYCAACAGAGAUAAAUGGCGUCUGUAUAGAUACUGGGUCGAUCAGAUGUGCACAGGGUAUAGAUACACUGUASAAAGGUACCAAAAAGACUUUGAAGAAGGCGCCCAAAGGCUGAAAGAAAUCAAGAGCCUUGAGGACCUGUCUAUUCUGAAAACGGCAACAGUCAUUGGCAUGACAACCACAGGAGCUGCCAAAUACCGUAAUCUUAUCCAAAAGAUAAAGCCACGCAUAACAGUGGUGGAAGAAGCCGCUGAAGUACUGGAGUCGCAUAUCGUGACGUCACUGAGUUCCGGAUGUCAGCAUUUGAUUUUGAUUGGUGAUCACCAACAGCUUCGCCCCAAUCCAAACGUCUAUGUUCACGCUAAGGACUACAAUCUUGAUAUGUCACUUUUCGAAAGAAUGGUCCACAAUGGCAUKAAGUUUGAGAGGCUGCGCGCGCAGCAUCGGAUGCGCCCAGAGAUUGCCCGGAUGAUGGCACCUAUCUAUGACGACCUGGAGAAUCAUGAAUCUGUCUUGAACUUUGAGAACAUCAAGGGUGUUAACAAMAACAUCUUCUUCGUUGAACACAAUGAAUUAGAGGAAUACAUCGAAGAAGGCAGAAGCCGGUCAAACAUCCACGAAGCCAAGUACUUGGCAGCCUUGUGUCGUUAUUUUAUCUUACAAGGCUAUAAAAGACAACAGAUCACCGUUCUCACAAUGUACACUGGACAACUGAUUCAACUGAAGAAAGAAAUGCCCAGAGAUUUUUUUCAGGGRGUCCGCAUCUGCGCAGUAGAUAACUUCCAGGGAGAAGAGAAUGACAUCAUCUUGUUGUCUCUCGUUCGAAGCAACGARGAAGAGAAGAUUGGAUUCUUGAAAACCGCAAACCGCGUGUGCGUAGCGUUGUCGCGCGCCAAGAAAGGUUUCUACUGUAUUGGGAACAUCGAUCUCAUGUGCAAGCAAGGAAACCUGUGGGCUGAUAUUAUCAGAGACAUGCGAGAUACAGGAAAUGUUGGUCCUGCUUUGACCCUCACGUGUCAAAACCACCCAAGAAACGUAAUCCAAGCGAUCACCUCAGAUGACUUCCGCAAAGCACCAGAAGGAGGRUGCAUGGAGCCAUGCAGGACGAGGCUAGACUGUGGACACACAUGCGAAAUGGUUUGUCACCCUACUGACCCUCAACACAUUGAGUACAAGUGUCGACAGAAAUGCACAAAGUCUUUGUGUGAUUURGGUCACAUGUGUAAGAGAAUGUGCUUUCAAGAAUGCGGUCCUUGCACGGUUCGUAUUGAUAAGCUUAUGCCAAACUGUCUUCACAUCCAGAAAGURCCGUGUCACAAGGACCCGAAAGAAUUUGCAUGUAAAAGUCCGUGCCUGAAGAAACUACCAUGCRGYCAUCARUGCGCAAAUCUUUGCUCAGAAAAAUGCACCGAGAAAUGCAAAGAAAAAGUCCAGAAGACAUGGGAUUGUGGCCACGUGAAUGUAGUGGAAUGUCACGUGGAUUCUCGGGAAACAGAGUGUCGUGCGCCUUGUGGAGAGUUGCUGAAAUGUGAACAUCCAUGCGCAGGAUCCUGCAGCGGAUGCCUUCACGGACGUCUCCAUGAACCYUGCAAAGMAAAAUGUGAYAGGACACUGUUUUGCGGCCACAGCUGYCCAGCGCCUUGUACCAAGAACUGCCCGCCCUGCAAAAUGAAGUGCGAGAAUGAAUGCGUGCACAGUAAGUGUAAAAAGACGUGUGGCGAACAAUGUAAACCCUGUAAGAUGAGGUGCGCUUGGAAAUGCRAGCAUYAUGAGUGYAAAAAACUGUGUGGCGARCCUUGUGACAGACCCAGAUGURAGCAUCCUUGCAAGRAGACAUUGAGGRAAUGUGGCCACCCUUGUAUUGGUAUKUGCGGCGAGCCCUGCCCGAAGAAAUGCCGAGUGUGCAACAAGGAAGAAGUCACUGCAAUUCUAUUUGGUGACGAAGAUGAACCCGAUGCCAGAUUUGUAGAGCUGCAACCAUGUGGUCACGUGAUAGAAGUCAAUGCAUUGGACAAUUGGAUGGACAACUGUGAAAAUGAAAGUAUACAACUGAAAAGAUGUCCGCGGUGCAAGACGCCUAUCAGAACAAACCUACGAUAUGGUAACAUCAUCAAGACCAUUCUAAAUGACUUCGAGAAUGUGAAAGCGAAACUCCUUGUUCCUGAAUACAAGAUAAGGCUAGAAUCAUCCAGGCUAAGGGUCCUUAUUUCUCAAGAAUUUCGAAAGGAAUUCCCAGACGAUGCUGAUAAAAUCACCAAGAGCAUGGACACCAAGAGCUUGACAAGUGAACAGCUCAACAUGUUUGAAAACCAAAUUAAUUUCAUGAAUCGCCUGAGCAAAUUUGUGGUACAGAUUGACAAGGAUGUUAGGAUGCAGAACUAUAGUGAUGGGCUUGCUGACAUCCUUGCUCAAGAAGAAGCUGAUUCAUUGAAGGAAGAAGUGAAUGCAGUCAAAUCGAAAGURAUGAAGCUACGAAGGAGAUUCAGUGACCAGGAACUGGAAGARAUGAAUGACGAAAUACUGCGUCUUCAGUUGGUCAUUUCCUAUCGAAUUUUGCUCAUGCAAAAGAGAAGACAAAAAGUAAAGUUUAGCUCUGAUGAGAAGGCUAAGUUGGACCGCAUCCGUAAAAUUAUCGAAUCUGAGAAACGCAUAGAUAAUCAAACACGCGAACGUUGCAUGGAAAAGAUCGAAAGGAUUCGUCGAACCCAUCGUUUACGCUACGAACCCGUGACACAAGAAGAAAAAAGCAUGAUUGUUAAGGCCAUAGRUUUGACACAAGGACACUGGUUUAAAUGCCCAAACGGUCACAUCUACUGCAUAGGGGAAUGUGGCGGAGCUAUGGAAGAAAGCACUUGUCCAGAAUGUAAGUCAAAAAUCGGGGGUAGGAACCACGCCUUAACWUCCGGCAACGCCUUGGCACCRGAGAUGGAUGGAGCCAGAUAUGCUKCCUGGUCUGAUACUGCUAACAAUAUGAUGAACUUCGAUUUGGGUUUCUAAGAAAACGAAUAUGCAUACAGUAUUGGACUGUCCAUGGUUCCGACUCUCCUUAGUUACCGUUGCUAUGUCCCACAAGCUCAACAAAUUAUCUAGAAUAUCUUAGAUUUUAAAACAUCGAUCGCGGAAAAUUUAUGAUGAAUUGUUUCAAUCGUUUACUGUCCUGUGAAAUGAAAAGAAAUUGUCUCGUAACCCUUGUGGUACUCUUUAAAACAGGUGAUGUGUUGUUGGUUGUGAGACCGGCAAGAUUUUAAUUCCAUCAACUGUUUUAACAGUGAUUAGUUCGUAACUGUCUGAGCCGGAACCAUGAAUUACUCGGGAAAAACCUUCAAAUUUCAUCGAUAUUAUGAAAUGGACUCUGGGCUGAUUAUUGUCGUGGCUAGGCUAACUCACAGAUUGAAUUGGAAUUUAGCGUGACAUAAUUUAAUUUUGCGAAGGGAGGAGAAACCGGAGAACACCGAUAGGUAUUUGAUCCAGCACCAAAAUGUAUCUMUUAAUUCGUUUAUCACUGAUAUCUAUCCCGAUUUUGAAGGCUACAGUUAACUGGGYACUGUUGUACGAAGGGUGGAUGGGUGGAUAGCGAUAUCCGACGGAUAAAUCCUAUCCAGUUGAAUAUAUUAAUUGAUUCCCAAGAGAGUCAAAMGACAAAAACAUGGCGGCCARCAUGGCCGUGAUGACGAAACGUGCAAUCGAAGAAUAGCUCUAUCCACGCGGCUCUUCAUACAACCGGGCCCARAGUUUCAAACAACAGUGUGAGCAUGCGCAUUAGCAACCACUGAUUCAUCGCAAAAAAAGUAGCGUAAAUAGAUUUUGUGUGCGCUUAGAGCGUACUAAUGAAUAAAGAAUAAAAACAGCGAAAAUAAGUGAAAAUKAAAAUGAAUAAAAGAAGUUGCUGUAAUAAAAAAGCAUGUUAUUUUAUCAUAACCUUAGACAUUAAUAAUCUUGUAGUUAGUAUAUCCGUUUGUAAUUUGAAACAAUUAAAUAGCACGUACUGUAGAUUCGUCGGUGAACUGACAAGUUAUUUUAGAGCACAUGCAGUAAAACUAUGAAAUAMAAACAAAUUUAAUACUGACAAAUAUAGUAGCUUUUUAGUGACUUAUAGUUGGUAUCACUCAACCAGAACAUUCAUKWMACAAAGACCCAAAUCACUAAUAUUUGUCAUUAUCWWCUGWUUYUAUUUCAUGGUUUUACUGCAUGUGCUCUAUGGAACAACACGMCACAGGAACCCCAUCCGCGGCUAACGCGAGAGUUUCCUGGGGGUGGGGGAGUAGGCUAUAGUAAACUUAGAUUUUCAGUGUAAGUAAUUUCAACAUAUUAACGCCAUACUAAACAUGCAGUGUGAAAAGAUCUGCGAGAUAAUGCAGUUUAAGCAAAAUAACACAAGUAGAUAUGUAUGUUCGUUGUAAAUAAAGGGAGCYACAAACCUUA